AUGGAGAAGAAGAAGACCAGUGCUUGUGUGGUCCUUUUGCAUUGGUAUCUUUCCUUAGCAACUACCAUGUCCACUCCUUGUCAUGGAAAUCGAAAUCAUGUCAUCUCAUGCACAAAAAGAGAAAGAGAAGCUCUUCUGAGUUUCAGAGAGAGUAUCAGAGAUCCUUCCAAUCAACUCUCAUCUUGGGUUGGUGAAGAGUGUUGCAUGUGGAAACGAAUUAGCUGUGACAAUAUGACUGGGCAUGUUGUCAUGCUAGACCUCCGAAAUCCAAAAGAUCCCAUUACUGCAUUUGACGCUUUUAACCAGUCAAAGUUGGGAGGGGUCAUAAAUGAUUCUCUUUUCGAAUUAAAACAUCUUCGAUAUUUGGACUUGAGUUUUAAUGGUUUCGAGGGUGCGAUUCCUCCUCAAUUGUCAAAUCUCUCGAACUUACGUUAUCUUAACAUCCGAGGUCUCGACUUGAGUGUUGAUGAUCUAGAAUGGUUAUCACAUCUGUCGUCGCUAAAAUUUCUGGAUAUGAGUGAGAUAUCUCUUGAUGCAGCCCCAAACUGGUUACAGGUGAUGAACAUGCUUCCUUCUUUGUCAGAAUUACACUUGUCUGGUUGUCAGCUUCAUAACUACGAUCCCAUGAUUUCUAACGUUAAUUUUUCGUAUCUCAACGUUCUUGAUCUUUCCUUCAACAAAUUUUCGGAUUCAAAAUUUGCCUGGUUAUAUAAUCUUACUUCUCUUGUUACCCUCAAUUUAGAUUCUUGUGCCAUUCAGGUUCAAAUUCAAGUUAUUUUUGAAAACAUGAUUCACAUGUCUAAACUGAGAAAUCUAAAUCUUUCUGGUAACAACAUCUUUAACACACGAUCUGACUGGUUAUACAAUAUAACUUCUCUUGAAAAACUUGAUCUUUCAUAUAACCAAAUUCAAGGUGUCCUCCCUAGUGUCAUUGGGCAGUUUUCCCAACUGACCUAUCUUGAUCUAUCAAAGAAUAAGCUAGAAGGAAGUUUACCUAGAUCCUUGGUAAAUCUUUGUAAUCUGCAGCAUUUAGAUUUAUCUAGCAACAAACUCGAGGGAGGUAUCAAUGAACUUUUAGGACACUCGUCUGCAUGUAGCAUAACAAAUUUACAGUUUUUAAGUCUGGCCAUGAAUCAACUUUCGGGUACUCUUCCCGAUCACUUGGGGAAACAUGAAAAAAUAUCUGUUCUCUUACUUUACUCGAACAAAUUUUCUGGUCCAAUUCCCGAGUCUAUAGGGAAACUGUCAUCAUUGAAGGUUUUAUUCAUCUUUGACAACAAAUUAAACGGGACGAUACCUGAAAGUUUUGGGCAGCUUUCAAAUCUUGAAGAGAUAGACAUUUCUCACAACGUUUUGAAGGGUUCUGUCUCUUACAUGCAUCUUUCCAAGUUGACAAGAUUGAAAACCUUUUCGGCCUCUUCAAACCCCUUGACUUUGAAUGUAAGCUCUAAUUGGGUUCCUCCUUUUCGACUUCAAAAUCUUAAGAUGGAAUCAUGGAAACUAGGGCCACGAUUUCCUGCAUGGCUUCAAUCACAAGAUGAGCUUCAAGUGCUAGAUUUAUCGAAUACAGGUAUUUCAGAUGUAAUCCCUCCCUGGUUUUGGAACCACUUUCCAAAGAUCAGGCGACUAGAUCUUUCUCGAAACCAGAUUCGUGGCAGCAUUCCAAGUUUAUCUUUUGUAAGAGAAGUCUAUCUUGGCUCAAACAACUUCACAGGCCCAUUGCCCAAUAUCUCUUCCACAAUUUCAGGAUUAGAUCUUUCCAACAACACAUUUAGUGGGUCUCUUGAUCUCAUUGUUUGUGAACAGAAAGAUAGAAUGAAUGAUCUGGUUAUCCUUGAUGUAUCCAGAAAUCUUUUAUCCGGAGAAAUUCCCGACUGUUGGAUGAACUACUCUAAUUUACAAGUUUUGAACUUGGGGGCCAAUAAGCUGACAGGAAAUGUACCCAGCUCCUUGGGUAAGCUAUCUUCACUUCAAUCAUUAUCCUUGAACAAAAACAACUUGUCCGGAAGUUUACCAUUUUCCUUACAGAGUUUCAAAGAGUUAGAGCUUUUAGAUCUCAGUGAGAAUCAUUUCACCGGUGGCUUACCCAAUAUUCGGGACUGGGGAAAUACUUCGGACAAGCUUAAGGUUAUCGUGCUUCGCUCAAACAAGUUCGAUGGCGGUAUUCCUCGGGAGCUUUGUCACCUCAACUUUCUUCAUAUCUUGGAUCUUGCACAUAACAACUUGUCAGGACAUAUUCCGCCAUGCUUUGGGAAUUUCAGCGCCAUGAGGUCUCAGGACUCCACAAGAGACUUCAAUUUUCUCACAGAGAAGGCAUAUUUGGUAACGAAGAGAAAAGAGUAUGAAUAUAGAAAAAUGCUUCCACUUGUCACAAGCAUGGACCUUUCCUGCAACAGUUUAAGUGGGCAUAUCCCCGAGGAACUCACCAAUCUCUACGCGAUGCGAUUCUUGAACCUAUCCUACAAUCAGCUUCGAGGGAAUAUUCCCGAGAGGAUUGGUGGCAUGACAUCAUUGGAGACUCUCGAUAUCUCAAUGAAUCAACUCACAGGUGCAAUACCUCAUAGCAUGGCGAGUUUAACACUCCUGAGUCAUUUGAACUUGUCAUACAACCACUUCUCUGGUAGAAUUCCCAAGGGAUCUCAGUUCCAAACCUUUACUGCACUGAGUUUCAGUGGGAAUCGUGACCUUUGUGGCUUUCCUCUCACAGUCAAAUGUAACGAAGAUUGGAAUGGAGUUGACACAAAUGUUGACAAUGAUAAAAACGGUGGCUGGAUUGAGAUGAGGUGGUUUUAUUUGAGCACGCCAUUGGGAUUUGUGGUAGGUUUUUGGGGUGUGUUGGGUCCAUUAGCAUUUAACAGGGCUUGGAGAUGUGCUUACUUCAAGUUUUUCGAUGACUUGAAGUACAAACUCUUUGGCUAG